AUGGAUACGUAUCAGUGGUACCUGUUACCAGCCGCUCUAAUGCUGGCAAUGCUCUGGCUAAUGGAUAUGGAGUGGAUUUACGAUGUGCUCAACAGUCCAAUAGCGAACUUACCGGGCCCGUGGUAUACCGUUCUUACAGACGCUAUUCUUCGCUACAGUGCAGUUACGGGGACGAAGGUGAUAUACGUGGAUAAUCUACAUAAUAAAUACGGUCCCAUAGUUCGCAUCGGUCGUAAGGAAAUCAGCCUCCGGGACCCAAGCGUGACGCGAAAAGUUUACAGCGUGAAGGGCGAGUUCCCCAAGGCGGACUUUUACGAUAAGAUCCUGACAGGCACCCCCAACGUAUUCAAUACGCGUGACAUUGAGACUCACAGGCACUACCGGAGGCUCCUCUCAUCCGGCAUUGCCGAGUCAAGCCUGUCCACAUACUUGCCUGUUAUCGAGACUAAGGCAAGGAUGGCAAUCCAGCGGAUGAGAGACGAGGCGCAGACGCGCCGUGCUGCGAAGAGCCAAUACAUACGCGACCUCGAAACUGUUAAUAAACUUGGGGGUAUCCGUGUAACAUUUCCCUUUCUUGUUCAACUUGGACAUUACGUUCCCAUUCCAUUCAUCAAAGCGGCCAUCGAGAAUCGUCGCCGCACGGUUGAAUACGCUGAACAAUCUGUUUCACGGCACUACCGCAUUGUGGAAGAGCAAGGCGAGGAUGCAAGGCCAACGCUACUUUCGAAACUAUAUAAGGCAGGCGACGAUGGCAUGUCUUUUGACGAGGUCCGUUCGAACGCAAUGGCUUAUGUUAUUGCAGGAUCCGACACGACAGCAAACACACUGACCUACAUUAUCUGGACCGUAUGUAAACAUUCAGAGAUCAAAUCAAGCUUACUUGAGGAGCUUCAGAAGCUCCCUGAAAAUUAUGAAUAUGUUGACUUGAAACCCCUUCACUAUCUCAAUCUUGUUAUUGAAGAAGCCCUGCGGUUAUACCCAGCAGCACCCGCCGGACUGCCGCGUGAGAUACCGGCUGGGGGCACGGACCUUUUUGGUUACUACAUCCCAGCUGGAUAUACUGUUAAUAUAGGGGCAUUUAGCAUGCACCGCAACCCAUCUGUCUUUCCCAAUCCUGAGAAGUUUGAUCCGCUGCGCUGGAAUAGCCCAACGAAGGCUAUGAAGGAGUCAUUUGUGCCAUUUGGGGGUGGCAGUCGUAGUAAGUUCUGGACUAUCCCUGUGUAA